GUUGAAGAAUUCAAAUAACAAAAAUGAUGCGCAAAAUCACAGAGAAAAUCAAUAUGCGAAAAUCGGUCGUGACGUCAGAAGGGUUAAAAGACCUUAUGAAGCUUUAAAGGGCACAUAGUUGAAUGAAGUAAAUAUUUGGAAAAUGUCGCAAUUAAUAAUCAACACCGAUAAUGGUAAUAAAGCUUAAAAAUGUAAAAAUGUAAAUCAAAAGGAGUAUUAAGCAAAAAUAUUAAAUAUAAAUUUAAAAAAAUGGUGGAAGAAGCUAAUAAUAUAGACGCUCAUGGUUACUCCAAAUUGAGGGCGAAAAAAAGAUCCAGUGAUGGAUUUUCUAAUGCCAGAGCUACUUUUGGAAAUAUUUCUCCUCCAGUGGAUUCUUUCAAUGUGAUCUAUUUGUCAUUUGUACUUGGUGGUAUGGGGUUCUUGCUACCAUACAACAGCUUCAUUAUGGCUAUGGAUUACUUCAAAGUGAGAUACCCUGGUACGCCCGUGGUGUUCGAUAUGUCACUGGUGUACAUCGUAGUUGCCCUGCUCACCGUCCUAGCCAAUAAUCUGCUAGUUGAAACCUUUUCGCUGAAUUCCAGGAUCAAUUUUGGAUACAUAAUGUCGUUUGUAACGCUCAUUUUUGUGGUGGUAUGUGAAGUUUGGUGGGAGGCUUGGGGUACUGCCACGUCGUAUACAGUGAAUUUGGCGGCUGUGGCUGUAGUGUCUGUAGGUUGUACAGUUCAGCAAUCAAGUUUCUAUGGUUACACGAGCAUGCUACCUUCAAAGUAUACUCAAGCAGUGAUGGUGGGAGAAAGUACUUCGGGAGUCUUCACGUCCAUAGUUCGAGUCAUAACGAAGUUCAUCGUCAACGAACUGAGAGGCAGCACAGUUUAUUUCUUUACCGUGUCAGUUUCAACGGUGCUGACAUGUUUUGCCAUGUAUCAUUUGAUCAGAAGGUCCGACUUUAUACAGUUCUACAUUGCGUUAUGCGAGCGGGCUAAAACAAGGAUUACAUUGGAGCCCACCGAAGAUGCUGGAUUGAUUGAAACUAACGAUGCUCAGUACGGAAUUUUAAAAAUCCAGACCAGUCCACCACCCACUGGAACUCAGCUCAGUUUUGCCAACCCUGCUUAUGAACCUUCUGCACCGGUACCAACUUACAAAGUCGAAGAUGUAGUGGUGAGGGGACGUCACAGUGUCAGUGCCAACACUGUCGGAAUUAACGCCUUCAAAAGAGGUAUACAAGCACGCUGGGAAGUAACAAAAUCCACUUAUCCCUACAUGAUAUCAAUUUGCUUGGUUUAUUUCGCAACUCUCUGUAUAUACCCUGGUGUGGCUUCGGAAAUUGUUAGUUGCACCCUGGGAUCCUGGAUGCCCAUAUUGAUGAUGGCGCUGUUCAACGCAUCGGAUCUCAUUGGAAAGAUGGCAGCCAGUGGUGCAAGAUACUGGACUGGUUCCAGACUAGUCAAAUGCUCCGUUAUACGUUUGGUGCUCAUUCCUCUGAUGAUAAUGUGCGUAGCUCCUAGGCAUAGUCCAAAAUUCUCCGCUGAAAUUACAGCGUUCAUUUUCUCAGUAAUGCUAGGUUUGAGCAAUGGAAUAUUGGGAAGUGUGCCGAUGAUACAGGCUCCUAGUAAAGUAGAUGAUAGACACAGGGAACUUACAGGUAACAUGAUGACUUUGAUGUACAUGUUUGGACUAGCUGCAGGUUCUUUGGUGGCAUAUUCCAUUGAAAAUGCUUUGGGAUCGAUAGAAGAACAUCCCUGUGGACCUAUUCCAUUUAAGGUAACUCCACUAAUUGCUACCAAUGGGACGCUUGAUCAAAUUCACCCUUCCACUACUGCCAUGGUCAAUCUCGUUUCGACUUUCUUUCCCCUUACGUCUUCAGGAACGAUAAUCAAUGCAGAGAACUCUACUGAGACUAGCUUGAUAUAAAUUUAGAACAGAACUGAUAUAAAUCUUUGUGGUUAUUUAUUUUUAUACAGGUUGUUUCAUAAUUGAAUAAUAUUACUUGAAGAUAUUGUAGUGUGAAAAGUGCUCUAAUAAUCAAAAGGACGUCGGUAAAGCCGACAUUCUCUAUUAUUGGAACAUUCUGUACACUAAUUUCGGAAAUUUAUUUCGAAAAAUAUCUCGUACAUAUACAGGAUGCCCUUGGUUAAUCUUGGUUUAGAGGAUUCUAGAAAGUCAUAUUAAUAGUUUUAAUUGACUUUUCUAAAACACAGAAACCGAUAAUAUUAAUGUAUAGUUCAUAUCAAAUAAACUUUUAGUCACGUGAUUAAGCUUGACUGGCA